AGUGUUUUAUUUGAGUUACGAUACAGACGCGAAAUUAUUAAACAGAAAACGAAUUUAACCAAGUUUAAAGCCGAGAGGUGUGUGGAAACCCAAGUGUGAAAAAAUUUUAAUUAACGAAUAAGAAAGUAAAAAAAAGAUGACAAAAUGAAAUUUAAAAAAUCGAAAAAGAAAACUCUGUUCUGAGGGCGGCCAGACAGUGCAAGUGAAUUAAAACUUAGUGGCGAAUUCGAAACGAAAGUGAAUGUGAAUAAUAAAAAUUUUUUAAAAAUAUAUAAAAAUCAAAAAAAAAAAAAUUUAAAAUUUGUAAAAUCCAAAAAGAAAAUUUAUUGAAAAAAUUUGUGUGCAAGUGCAACGAAAAGCACUUAAAAUGGAUUUAAAGGAUAUUAAAGGAGCUAAAGUCACCCAUGCGGGUUUGCUGAAGCAUAAUUCUGAUGGAACAACUGAUACGCAAAAGAUCACCCAUGCUGGUUUGGUUGCUCGUAGUCCUGAGGGCACAGCAGCCAAGGGCAUGAAUAUUCGAGGCAAUGAGGAUCUUUGGGUGGAGAUACAAGCCAAUACUUUUAGGAAUUGGGUUAACGAGCAUUUAAGAGGAACUGGAAUGCAGGUACACGACUGGGCGACUGAUUUCUGCGAUGGCACUCAUUUAUGUGCUCUAAUUGAAAAUCUACAAACGCGACCUUUGAAGCCUUCAUGGAAUCGCCGACCAGCUAAUCAGCAUCAUUACCUCGAAAAUGCUUCGACCGCCUUGAAUGCUGUCGAAGCUGAUCACAUCAAGUUGGUGAAUAUUGGAAAUGUUGAUAUUGUCAAUGGAAAUGUCAAACUUAUUUUGGGUUUGAUAUGGUCUUUGAUUGUGAGGUAUCAAAUUGGUCGCAGUAAAUUUCCACCAAGAAAGCUUAUGUUGGCUUGGUUGCAAGCCGCUUUGCCAGAAUGUAAGAUUUCAAAUCUUACCACAGAUUGGAAUAGUGGGGUGAAUUUGUCAGCUUUGCUGGAUUAUUGUGAACCUGGGCUAUUUCCACAUUGGCGUGGUAUUGAUGCUAGUCAGAGUGUUCGUAAUUGUACGACCGCCAUGAAUAUUGCCCAGCGAGAAUUUGGUAUUCCAAAGGUUUUGGAGCCGGAAUAUUUGGCUUCACCGUGGUUAGAUGAGUUGUCGGGAAUGACGUAUCUGUCGUACUUUAUGAAACCUGGAGCACCAGGUUAUAAUGCAACUUUGAGAUGGGUGAACACUCAAACUAAGGAGAAAGUCAAUAAUUUUACGACCGAUUGGAAUGAUGGCCGAGUCUUCUGUCAAAUUAUCAAGAAUCUUGGCGGACCAGCUCCAGCUCCUGAGAAACUGAGUACUGAUCCGUUUCACUAUGAGAACAACAUCCGUAAGGCCGUCGAAGCUGGUAGCAAGUUGGGUGUCAAACCUUUUCUGUCACCGAAAGACAUGUCAAGCCCCGAUGUUGAGCAUUUGGGUAUUAUGGCCUAUGCUGCAAACUUGCAAUGGGUUACUCCAAGAGCCCCUCUUUCCGAUAUGAUCAAUGUCUAUUUGGAAAGUACUUCUGGCAGGGUUGGAGAACAGACCCAUUUCCGAGUGGAUGUUAUGUCCCGGGAAAUCGAUAUCAGUUCUGUUCGAGCUGUCAUCGUUCCGCCAACAGGCAGCGCUUAUGUCGUCCGUCUUAAUAACCACGGAGAGGGAGUUUUCAUCCCUGAAAAGUACGGAAUGCAUGAAAUCGUUGUUGAAGUCGGUGACGAUAGUAUUGGAGGUCAUUUCUUCCGAGUUCUUCCCCGAUUUAUUCAAGUAGCUCCUCCAGGAAUGGCACCUUGCGCUCUGGGAAGUCUCGUUGAGGUCCUCGUUAAUGCUACUGGAGCCCCAAAGACCGAAGAUAUUCUAGUGACAGCUGUCAGUCCAUCGGGUAUUUCCCACAAGUGUCCACUUAAAAAGGUCGAAGAAGGACACAGUGCCAUAUUUAAGCCCGAUGAAGCUGGUAUCUGGGAAAUUGCCAUCACCUAUCAGGGACGACACAUCCAAGGUGGACCGUUUACAUGUGCAGUUUUUGAUCCUACUGGAGUGUCUGUCCAUGGAUUAGAUGGUGCCAUGCCACUGCGAGCUCACUCUUUCGAAGUUGAUGCUCGUGGGGUUGGUGUCUCGGGUGAACUCCAUGUUGAUAUUGUCCAUGAUAAACGAUCGUUGGUUUGUUCGGUAGAAAAAAUUGUUGACAAUAAAUACAGGGUGACCUUUAUGCCAAGACAAAAUGGCAAAUACAGGGUGUAUGUGUAUUUUAAUGGCUAUGAUGUCAAAGGAUCGCCAUUUAUUAUGAGAGUUGGAACUAAAGGUCGAUCGGGAAAGACCCGUAAUAGCCCUCAACAUGAAAGCAAACAUCGUUCGGAGAGUCCUUCAUUACAUUAUACAACUUCAACGGCAACCAGACAUAAGGACUACCGAAGUGCUAAGAAUGAACUAUUGAAUCAGGAACGUCAGCGAUCUUAUUCACCGCAAUACUCACCAAAGAACGAACCUGAUUAUCGAUCAAGCAGCUAUUACAAACGUGAAAGUGAGGGUUCCUCACCACAAUUAUUGGCUUCACCAUCUCGUGACACAGUCGAUGCAUCCCUAGUCCAUAGCAAAUACAAUGUUAGCACAACAAAUGACGAUCAUUCUGCAUAUUUGGCAAGUCGCAAGGACUCGAAAUAUGUAAAUUCAUCCUCCACAACGAAGACCGAUUAUUACUAUGACAAGGAGAAUGAAUUAUAUGCGCGAAAGAGGGAGCGAGAUCAUGCUCAUACUUUGAGUCCACCUCGAGAAGAUCGUUAUGUGUCGAGAUCGAAAAUUUCCGACAGCCCCAUCGCGAGUCCCUCACACAUUCGAUCGAGUGAAGUUACCAGAAACAGUCCUCUGACGAUCAAAACUUCUAACCAUUUCGAGCAAACUACAAGGAAUUCGACAUCAAGUCCAAGGACUUUGUCAGCUUCGCCAAUACCCCCAAGGCAGUAUAGUAAUUCGCCAAGUCAUUAUGUUACCACUGCUUCGCAUAGAAUUGGUAGCCCAGUUACCGUUAGUAAGGGUCCUGGUUAUGAGAGUGUCCGCCAUGUUGAAAAGUCAUCAACAUACAAGUCAAGUUCAAAUUACGUCACAGAUUCGAAUGUUCGAGCGAGUCCACUGUUUACCGCCGGUCUUACCCGUCGAACUGUAACUCCUGAACCAGCGAUUGAUCACUCAUCAAAUGUUCGAGUAUCAUCGAUCAAGCCAGCUGCAGCCCGUCGAGAUAGCUGGGAUGUGAUCAACAAGACGAAACACAUGCUUUCGCAUAAUUCCUUGGAAUCAUUGGCAAAUAUGACGGAAAAGCAAUUAAAUACGGAUUUGUCUUAUCAUCGACCGGAUAUUGACCAUGAGACCCAUCGAAAUACGCAGUAUAAUAAAUUCGCUCUAACCGAACAAAAGCUUCACUCAGAUCGUCAUGGAUCUGAUGAAUCUGAUCUUUACAGACCAAGUUCAAUAACUGUCAAACAAAAUGACAGUUCUUACAAUACCAAGUCAUCAUCUGGUUAUACGACUACAAUUAAAGAAACAUCUGAACGUCAUGUUACAGAAAGAUCUAGUGAUUCUGGAAAUUAUGGUUAUUCUUCAUUGUCGAGAUUUCGACCAAUCGAUAGCAAUGCUACCGGAUCACAAGCUAUAAGAGUUCAAGAUAUUCCGAAUGGAGCGAUUGGAAGACCAGUUGAAUUUGAAAUUGAUGGAUCCAAAGCGGGAUCGGGGAAUUUGGAGAUAUUGGUUAAUGGAGGGAGAGUUACUUCAUCGGUAAGAUCGUUGGGAGGACAGAGAUUUAUUGCUUCGUUUACACCACAUGAACCUGGGACACAUACUGUUCAGAUAACAUUUAAUGGAGAAACAGUACCAGGAUCACCGUGGCACGUUGAAAUAAUGUCAUCACCAGGAUUAACAGCAUUAGGCGAGUCAACUCGCCUCGUACCAGCAAAUACGUCGGCGGUUUUUGAGAUACUGCCGCCUCCUGGAGCAAGCCUAUCCAAAGGCGAAUGCGUGGCCACAGUUUUAACGCCUAACAAAUCCAAACUGAAUGCCCGCGUUACCCACGAGGCGGCAAACGGUGCAGUGCGCAUCGAAUUUGUCCCCACCGAAGUCGGAACGCACAUCAUCGAAGCUGCAAUUAGCGGAACAAAAAUAUCUGGUGGACCUUUGGUAGCCAAGGUCUAUGAUGCCAGUUUGAUACAAGUGACAGAUGUCAAUGGCGGAGUUGUCGGUCAGCCAUGUCAGUUCCGUGUAGACGCCAGCGCUGCUGGAGAAGGUCAAUUAGAAAUAUCGAUUAAUGAGGGCGAAGUCCCGAAUCAUGUGCAAGUUGUUGGUGGUGGACGUUGUUUGGUAUCAUUUACGCCCGAACAAGCUAAGCCACAUUUGAUUGAUAUUAAAUUUAAUGGAGAAACCGUUCGGGGUUGUCCGUUUGUAUGUUCGGUGGCGGACACAAGUCGUGUUAUGUUGAAUCUCACAAAUCUAGAACUGAUUCCAGUCAAUAGACCCGCUUCGUUCCAUAUCACAGUUAGUGGAGGAGGAGCAGCGGAAUUGGCAGUCAGUGUAAGGGGACCCCAUGGCGAGUUACCAGUUCGGGUGACUGGAGAUAUCCAUGCGGGCUUCACUGCGGAAUUCACUCCAAAUACCGUCGGCGGACAUUCGAUCAAUGUGGAGUAUAAUGGCUUCCCUGUGCAGGGAACUCCGUUCCUUGCCAAGGCAUAUGACGCAACUAAAGUUGUGGUCGGAAGUGUAUCGCGAGGAACGGUAGGUCGCUCCGUUCAGUUUACAGUCGAUGCUGGAGAUGCGGGCGAAGGAAAUUUAGAGAUAACAAUUUCCGCUAAAGGCCUUAAUAUACCCACACAAGUUCAUCCACAAGGCAAUGCAAGAUUCUCCGUAUCAUUUGUCCCAGCUGAGGCAUGCGAACACACAAUCAACGUAUCAUUCAACAAAAUGCCCGUCCCCGGAUGUCCCAUCACAGUUAAUAUUAGUGGUGGGAUGUCAGGACCGCAAGUUUCAUUAGGUGGGCCUGGCCCAGUACAUCAGCCAAAUUCUUUUGUAAUCAAUCACACUGGCGGUCGCUUAGAAGAUAUCGAAGUUAAUGUCGAAGGACCCGCUGGGCAAUCUGUGCCAGCUCAAGUCCAUCAGACCGCCGAAGGUGUUUUCAAAGCUGAUUUCGUUCCACGCUCUGUUGGAGAGCACCGUGUCAAUGUAACGGUAAAUGGGUUACCAACUGCUGGAAGUCCUUACGCUGCUAAGGUCUAUGAUGUCAAUGCAAUCAAAGUGAAAAAUGUAAGCACCGGAACCGUCGGAAAACCGGUCACUUUCCUCGUCGAGACUUCCCAAGCUGGCCCGGGAAAUCUUGAAGUUACCGUAAAUGGAGGUCGAGUUCCCACCUCGGCCCAGGGUCAAGGCCAACACACUUAUGCCAUCAGUUUCACUCCCCGGGACGCCCAAAAUCACACUGUGGAACUUCGGUUCAACGGGCAAGAUGUCCCGGGAAGUCCGUUCACCUGCAGAGUAUCAGCCGCUGCUCGGAUAGUUUCCCCAGAAACAAUGGACAAAGUCAGCGUUGGUCGAAUGUUUGACUUUGUCGUCGAGUCCGAUACCAUGCCUCUGGUUGAGGUCCUUGGUCCUGCACGUCGAAGUGUCGCAACAAAAAUUGAACGUGCUGACGUCGGUUACAGUGUCAAAUUCGAACCAAUCGAUGUUGGUGACCACUCGGUAGAGGUCCGUCUCCCUGGAGGAGGUCAUGUUGAAGGUAGUCCAUUCUUACUGAAGGCCUACUCAGCUGAAAAAGUAGUCGUAACCGAUAUUCGUCCAGGAGUCGUAGGGAAAAGUGUCAGUUUUGGCAUAAAUGCAAGUCAAGCUGGUGCUGGAAACCUCGAGAUAAUCGUCGCAGUUAAUGGCAAGAAUGUCCCGAAUUUCGUUCAAUCCGAAGGAAAUGCUCGAUUCAAGGUGAACUUUAAGCCAACCGAAGCAGCAGCGCAUUCACUGUCUGUUCGGUUCAAUGGACAUCCAGUUCCUGGGUCACCAUUCACGUGUCAUAUUGCUGCAGCUCCAGUAUCACUUCCUCGAGCUAUGGCUUCUGGGGAAGGUCUUAAACAAGCUGCUGUCAAAAUGGAGAACAUAUUCGAGUUAGACGGCUUCGAUGGAGUAGAACCACAAAUAUUUGUCACAUCUCCAUCGGGAGAUAAUGUCGCCUGCCAGAUUAGCCAUCGUGGAGAUACUUAUAAAGCUUCAUUUCGGCCAAUGGCUGUUGGGCGCCAUUUAAUUAGUGUUACAGCAAACGAUCAACAUAUCAAUGGUUCCCCUUUUUCAUGCAACGUUUUCGAUGUGUCUCGAGUGACUAUUAGUGGUUUGGAGCAGCAUGAAGGUCCAUCACCACUUGGAAUUCCAGUAACUUUCAGCGUUGAUGCCGCUGGAGCUGGAGAAGGUACUCUAGAACUUGUGGUCUCAACUGACACCAGUACUGUCAAAGCUGAGGUAGUAGCCUGCGCUCGAGGUCUCUAUGACGUAACUUUCAUUCCACAAAGCAGUGAGCCCCACUAUGUCAAUAUAACUUUCAAUGACGUGCCGGUAGAUGGCAGUCCAUUCCACGUUGAUAUCCAGCAGACUACCCAACAGAUUCAAAUUGGCAGCUUGGCUACUAUCGACUUCCCUACUGAUGACCAGAUUGCAGAAAUUUCAGGUCCUGACCACAAGCCAGUGGCUUACACAAUCACAAGACACAGCGCCGAAUUCCGUACAAAUAUGAUUGGAAACUAUUUGAUCCGGUUUAUUGACCGUGAUACCAGGCAACAUGUUGCAACAAGGACCCUGACCGUUUUUGACCCAUCUUUGGUGAAGAUAACAGAGGUUGGAGAAGCUCUUUGCCAUAGACCAUCUAGCAUAUCGGUAUCACUUAACGAUGCCGGACAAGGAACACUCACAGCCAUGGUUCGUUGCGGUGCAGCAGAGGUCCCUCACUCUAUCCGAGGGCCUUCGAAAAGCGGUAUCUGGGAGAUUGUGUACCAUCCUACUAGAGUCGCUCCUCAUAAGAUUACAAUUCUUUAUAACGGAGUUCCGGUAUCUCUCAAGCCCCUCGAGAUCAAUGUGCUACCACCGGGAGCUGGCAAGGAAAUCAGUGUCAGUGGCUUGGGACUCUAUCAGGCUCGUGUGGGUAAAACAACCUCGUUUGCCAUUGACACAGUUGGAAGACCUGCCAGAGAAUUUGAUGUUGUAGUUUCGGGCCCUGGGGGUCAGGCUUUGCCAGUUCGUUGCUAUCAGACAAAAGGUGGACAGUUACAAGCGGAAUUUACAAUCAAUAAAGUUGGACAAUGUGUGCUUGAGGUGCUUCAUCAAUCCAAACCACUGCCGGGAAGUCCAUUCACUUGCGAAUCAUUUGAUUCAUCUAAAGUCGCCAUUCAAGGAGUUCCUAAGGGACAGAUGGCGCUGCACAGUCCUAUUUGUUUCACAUUGAGAACUGAUCAAGCUGGAGUUGCAGAAGUCGAAGCUUAUGCUGUUUCCCCAAGCAAUCAGAACCUUCCAGUUCGAGUGACUGAACAAAGUGAUGGUGUCUAUUCGGUAGAUUUCCUUCCGUCAGUUCCGGGAAAUCAUAGAUUAACGGUGCUCUAUGGUGGAGAAACGGUCCAAGGAUCACCGUUUAACUUUACAGUUUCUGCAACUGGUAACAAAGGUGAUACUAGAGCGGCUGGAACUGGGCUUGAAGUGUGCCACAGAAAUAAAGAAGCUUCGUUUGUUGUCUAUUGUCCGAUUGCACCGAAUGUUCAAAUCGAACGGGUCGAUGAGUUCGGGGAGAGAAUUGAACCGAAAAUUAAGGCCCUUGGAAACAACGAAUGGAGAAUUUCCUAUACAAUUUUGUCGGUGGGUCGGUAUGAAAUCCGGGCAAGCUGCCCUAACCGAGGUUCCUUGCCCGGAUCCCCUUGGAACGUAUCAUGUGUGGAAGCUUCAAAGGUCACUCCCGUUGGAGGUUGGGGGACCCUUCUUGACCAUGAAGGUCGUUUAAUUUUGCCAGCUCGGAUAGUUUUUGAUGUUGAUCAAGCUGGUCCGGGAGAACUUGUUUGUACAAUAGAUGGUAUUGAGAUUCCUGUGGAUAAACUAAGUGAUGGAAAGACUAGACUUUUUGUUUCCGCUGAUAAUCUUGCUCCUGGAGAACAUGAUCUUGAUUUGACAUGGAGUGGAAUGUCGAUUGUUCAAUGCCCACGAAGUGCCUAUGUUACAGCUCAGCAAGCAGCUGAUAAGGUUGUUCUAACUGGGAGAGGUCUUGCAGCUUCCCAGGCUGGGGAGGCAGCCCACUUUACCAUCGAUGCAACGAAUGCUCCAGCUGGAAGACCAGAGGUUAUCCUUGUCCAUCAAGACAAUACUGCUGUUCCGGUUAGUCUUGCUCAACCAAGACCUAAUGAAAAUAUCUGGUUGGCAUCGUAUACUCCACAAAAGUCAUCUUCUGGUUCGUUGACUUUGUCGGUUAAAUGGAAUGGAAGACUUGUUAAGGGCUGUCCACUUACAGUGGCAGUGGGUUCAUCGAUGGAUGCUUCGAAGGUUAUAGCUUCUGGAGAAGGUCUUCGCCAUGGAGUUGUAGGAAAAGAGAUCAAAUCAUGGAUUGAUACUAGGAGAGCUGGUCCUGGAGAAUUGACAGCUCAUUGUGCUGGUCCAAGAAAAGUUGCCUACUGUGAGCUCUAUGAUCAUGGUGAUGCAACGUUUACAUUGAACAUUAAGCCCCAGGAACCGGGAAGACACUUAUUGACCAUAAAAUAUGGUGGUCAACAUGUUCCUGGAUCGCCAUUUAACUUGAAAGUUGCUGGAGCCCCUGAUGCUAGCAAGGUUCGUGUAUACGGUCCUGGUAUUGAACAUGGAGUGCUGGCUACUUUCCAGUCACGUUUUAUUUGUGACACAAGAGGAGCUGGAGCUGGCCAACUGACUGUAAGAGUGCGAGGUCCGAAAGGUGCGUUCCGAGUGGAAAUGCAACGUGAGAGUCAGAAGGACAGGACGAUACUUUGCAAAUAUGACCCAACGGAACCUGGUGACUAUCGAGUAGAAGUCAAAUGGGCUGGUGAAUUUGUACCCGGUUCACCAUUCCCGGUUAUGAUUUAUGACACAGAGGAAGAAUUACGACGCUAUAUACAAGGUUUAUAGAUAUUUCUUUAAGGAUUCUCUCUAAA